AGAGUGAAGAGGGAAGAGAAAGAGAGAGAGUGUGCAUGCGUGCACCGCACCGCUCUCGUGAACGUGCUGCUCGACGCCGUGUGCGGGAUCCUGGGCCGCGCUGUUCUUGAACCACAUCUGGGAAGCGAGGCACGUUCACGCUCACCCUCGUGUAUAUAUGGCUUCAAUUGAGGAGUUGGAUCAUCAGGUCGACAGCGGCAUGGGCAGCAGCGACGUGCGCUCCCCCGAGGUGAAGUCGCUCCUCCCCGACGACGAGGACGAUGACGAGGAGGAUGAAAGCUUAACGGAGCGAUUAUUAGGACUUACUGAAAUGUUCCCUGAACCAGUGCGCAACUUUGGAUAUAAUGUUGGAACCUGCCUUUAUACAUGUGUUAAAGGUCUAUAUGCAUAUUCGUGUUCUGCUACAUGGCUGGUCUUCAGUUCGUCCACUAUUCUCUUCGCGCCGAUUAUUUUUGAGAUGGAACGCGCACAGAUGGAAGACUUGCAACGUACGCAACAGAAGCAAGUUCUCUUAGGCCCUAACACAGCUUUGUCCGGCGUCAACACCUCGGGUCUUCCAAUGGCACCGCCUGUUCAACGAUAGACUAUCAUGUAUUCAUACACAUACACAUGGAUAUAAAGACACAUAUAGAACUAUCCAAAUCAGGAAAUGUAUUAAUUGAGUCUUCUGCUCAAUUAUUAGUGUAACUUGUUCAUCACGAGAUUUUACACAAAAUUGUAAAUGUAGUGAACGAUUUUGAUCGAAUGUGGAUUCGUGUAAAUCAAGUAUGUGUAAUUCCACACAAUCAGAGCAAUUCUUGCACGAGAUAAAAUUUGAAAUAUAAAUUCAAAUCGCUCAAUGUAAUAAAUUACACAAAAUUAAUGCAGCAUGCAUCUCGGUCUAGUCCAUCCUCUGUCUCUAUAUUCACAUAUAUGUAUACAAAUCAUCGUUCCUCGUAAUUUUUACUGAGAAUUAACAUACUGUGGUGUCGUGCGGCAUUUUAUUCGUUGUGAACAAACGAUUGAGAGAAAUUGAAUGAGCAAUUAUUUAUACAUAAUAGUUACAUUAUUUCUGUUGCUGGGAAACGCGGUGGUUAUCGCGUUUAUUAUCUUUAAUAUAUCUUGCCUGUUAUAUUGUAAUUUCGAGAGUAAAAAAUAAAAGGCAUAGUGAAAUAGUCUUUAA